CAGGGGGUGAGAGAUAGAGAUAGACCAUCUCCCCUUAGGUUAGAUUAAAGACAGGGAAUGCGAGAUAGAGAUAGACCAUCUCCCCUUUGGUUAGAUUAAAGACAGGGGGUGAGAGAUAGAGAUAGACCAUCUCCCCUUUGGUUAGAUUAAAGACAGGGAGUGAGCGAUAGAGAUAGACCAUCUCCCCUUAGGUUGGACGGUUACUUAGAUCCUUCUCUUUUCUAAGGUGAUCCUGAUUCUCACAAAACUCUUCGACUUCAACCUGGGAACAGUGACAGACAGUUCCCUUUGGAGAUCGCUGGAUUUAGGAAGCAGCUAUGAGAAGCUCAACGACAGGAUGGAUUCCAGACUGGUCCUGAGCUACCUGUACGUUUGCCCCUCCAAUAACAGAAAGAUUCUGCUGGUGAGUGACCCUGAGAUGGAUUCCAGUGUGGUGGUGAGUUCAGACGAGGGCAACUCCUUCCAGAGGCUCAGCAUCAGCUUUACCAUUCAGAGCCUGCUGUUUCACCCCGUAGAGGACGACUGGCUGCUAGCAUACAGCCAGGAGCAGAAGUUGUACUUCUCUGAGGAUUUUGGAAGAAACUGGAAUCUUGUCCAUGAAUCGGUUUCUCCAGGACGGUUUUACUGGGCAGUGUCGGGGCUGGAUGAAGAUUCUGACCUGGUGCAUCUGGAGGCUCAAGAUCCCAGUGGAUUGUUGAGGUACAUUACCUGCCUGGCUGGAAGCUGUCCUGACAGCAGGAAGUUCCCCUUCUUUGGCCGGAUCGAUGAAGGAUCUCUGGUUGUGCAAGAUGACUAUGUGUUUGUGCAGGUGACCACAGUUGGACCAACAAAGUACUUUGUCUCAUAUCAGAGACAACCUUUCCAGAGCAUUCAGCUCCCCAAAUACUGUCUGCCUAAGGAUAUGCACAUCAUAAGUACAGAAGGCCAGGUCCUGGCUGGGGUUCAGCAAUGGGACGAGAAUGACACCUACAGCCUCUACAUGUCUGAUCGCCAUGGAAACUACUUCAGCCCUGCCCUAACUUAUGUCCGCAUAUCACGAUCAGUAGCUGGAAUACUCAAUAUGGAUGUAUAUAAGGUGGCUGGUGUUAGCGGUGUGUUGUUGGCUAACAGGAGGGAGGGGGGUCGUGUGAGGACAUUCAUCAGCUUCAGUCAGGGUCAGAUGUGGCGUCUGCUUAUACCACCAGCCACCGAGCCCCACUGUAGCCUGCCUUCCUGCUCUCUUCACUUGCACCUACGGAUGUCUGAGAGUCCAUACUCUCCUGAUAGCAUCAUAAGCUCAGCUUCUGCGCCGGGGCUUAUUAUUGCAACAGGCACUGUGGGCUCAGAGCUGACCAAUCACAACACUAGGACCUUCCUCUCCUCUGAUGCAGGAAAUACCUGGAGACAGGUAUUUGAUAAAGAACAACGUGUGUGGUUUCUGGAAGAUGGUGGAGCUUUGCUAGCAAUCACCCAAGCUUCAGUUCCCAUCAGCCAUCUGUGGCUGAGUAUUGAUGAAGGAAGGAGUUGGCUACAGUACAGGUUCUCUGCCUCACCUCUAUUUGUGGAUGGAGUUCUGAUGGAACAGGACACACAUCACCACAUUAUCACGUUCUUUGGCCACCUGAGCCAUCGGUCUGACUGGCAGCUCAUCAAAGUGAACUACAGGAACCUCUUCAACCGGCAGUGCACUUCAGAAGACUACCAGAUCUGGCCACUACUCAAUCAGGGGGAGCCGUGUGUAAUGGGCCAGAGGCAAAACUUCAGGAAGCGUCGGCCAGGAAGCAGGUGCAUUCUGGGACGGCGGUAUCUGAAGCUGGUGUCGGCAGAAAGCUGCUCAUGCGCACCGUACGACUUUGAGUGUGAUUAUGGGUUUGAGCGACAGCUGGAUGGGAUCUGCUCUCCUGCAUUCUGGUACCAAGGGUCUGGCAUAGGAACAAACUGCACAUCAGGACAGAUCAGUGGGUGA